AUGUUACAGCAGUCGCGCCGUGAUACGGGAAUCGCGCGAAAUUGGAAAUGUAUACUCAUUUGUCUCGCUAUGAGUUUGGCGAACUUCCAAUACGGCUACGACACUGCUACCAUCGGUGGUUUCCAAGCGAUGGCAGGUUUCCUGGCUAUCUAUGGGUAUAAUGACCCAAAGGCAAAAAUCGGCUGGAACAUUACUACCACGGUUCAGCAGCUCAUAACCUCCUUCCUCAAUAUCGGGACAAUUAUUGGUGUGGUCUUAACACACCUCUGGGGCAAGAGAUUCGGAAGGCGACACGGAAUCUGGAUCGCCAGCCUGAUCAGCUUCGUAGCAGCAGGUGUCCAAAUUGGAACUGAAAAACUAGUGGGAUUGUACUUUGGACGUAUACUAAUCGGCGUUUCAAACGGCUUCUUCAUCACCUUCGCUAAUGUCUACGUUGCCGAAGUAUCUCCAGCGCACUUACGCGGCCCACUCGUGUCGUUAUUCGGGGUUUGGGUCUCCAUCGGCAGCAUCAUCGGAGCUACAGUGAACAACAUAACGAAGGAUUACACUUCGAAGCUUGCCUACCAGAUUCCUCUGGCCACGCUUUAUGGCAUUCCUCUCAUUCUCUCGAUCUUAGUUUUCUUCUUACCCGAGAGUCCUAGAUGGUUGCUUAUGCUGGGUCGUGACGAAUGUGCGAAACAGAGUUUAACGAGGCUAAGGGGCACAAGCUUCGAGGGGAGUGAGGAGAUGCUCGAAGAAGAGUUCCUUGAGAUGCAGCGUGGUAUUGCAGAUGAGCUGGAGAAGAGCAAAGGGAGAGUGCUGAAAGAUAUGUUCAAGGGAACAGAGCUACGGAGAACGUUGAUCUGCUUCGGCGUCAUUCUAUCGCAUUCGUCAUCGGGCAUCUGGCUCAUUAUCGGCUACGGGACGUUCUUUUUUCAACAAGCUGGUGUGACCCGACCAUUCCUCGCGACUAUCCUAAAAUCAUUCAUGGGUCUCAUGGGCGUUUUCACUAGUAUCUUCCUAAACUACCGUCUUGUCGGUCGCCGCUUUAGUAUGCUACUGGGCCACGGUGGCUCAACUGUCUUUAUGCUCGGCAUGGGCAUCGCAGCCUCCAUUCCCGGUGACUCUGCAGCUUCCGGUAAGGCGAUACUAGGAUGCGCGCUAUGUUGGUACUUUGUCUAUAAUGGCUUCAGUGGGGCGGUGAGUUGGCCCGUUGCGAAUGAAGUGGUCAGCAGCAGACUGAGAGUCGUCACAAUUGGGUGCGGAACAGCUGUAAACUAUGUCUUUGCGUGGCUUACCAGUUUCACGACUCCCUACUUUAUCAACUCGAGAGAACUCAAUUGGGGUGCGAAGGUCGCGUAUAUCUGGGCUGGAUCCAAUGCCAUCACCUUUGCGUUUCUUUACUUCUUUUUGCCGGAGAUGCGGGGAAGAUCUCUAGAGGAGAUUGACGAGCUCUUUCAGAACCAAGUCUCCACGCGGGAGUUUCCAGCGUAUCAUUGCUUGUCUGCUCAAGUAGCUCGUGAACAAGUUUCAAAAAGAGCGGAGGAAUUCAAGCCGGAGAGGAACCUAGGCGAUACAAAGACUCGGAGAGAGAUGGUGUAAUUCGAGCAUAUGGCUAUUGUAUAGUUCUCUACUAUACCGACUAAAUCUCAGGUGACGCUGUUGUGUAUGCGUACGUUAUGUAGAUUUGAUG